AUGUCGGAAGGACAUGAGGUAUCACCAUCGAAUCAGUCUGGUGGUCCUACACAUCUAAUCGCGGCGUUGAGUUCAAGAGGCGUUGCUCCACAGCAGUCGCAACAAAUUCAGCAGGGUGGAGGCGGUCCUAUUCGUGUUCAGCUUCAACAACAAGGCCGAGCACCACAUAUCGUGCCGUAUCCACAGGGUGGUUCACAACCGACGCAACAGAUACGUACUGUGCAGCAGGUCUUUCAGCACUCGCCUGGUGUGCCGCAACAGCGUAUUGUUCAGCAAAUUGCGCAGAGACCCAUCUCACAACCAGUUAUGCGAGUGAGCAGCAACCCACAAACUACGAUGCAGAUUGUACAUGCGAAUCCACCGCAACAGCCACAGCCAAUUCAUUCUUCCUCGGCGCCAAACAUAGGUUCGCGACCACCAACUGCACAGGUGGCAUCCACUCGUCCACCGGUGGCUGCUCUGCCUGGUGGUCAACCGCCUCCGCCAGGGACCAAUGUGCAGCAAAUGCUGGCGCCACCGAGCUCUAACGGUUCUGUAAUGGAUCGCACUCGAAUUGACGAAUUAGUGAGGCAGAUUAGCAGCAACACAGUUAUUGACGACGUUGUGAAGGAUAUUCUUUGCGAUUACAUAGAUGAGUAUGUGAACGAGUUGGUCCACCAUGUAUGCCGGCUGGUGAAGCAUCGUGGCAAUCACCGUAUCGAAGCUCGCGACGUUGAAUUCGUGCUCGAUGUAGUGUACAAAAUGCCCUCUGUCCCACGAGCGGCCGUGCAUGUGUUCGGAGCGCCGGCUGCGAUCCGGCCGGACCGUAUUACCCCGCAGCCUACAGAGGCCCAUAAACAACGCAUGCUGUUAAUCAAGAAAGUUCUGAAGAAGCCGUGA